AUGUCAGGUGUAAGCUCUGUUAUGCUCGGUCUUCGACCUGCUACAAGAAUUUUUUUCCGCAGUAAUAUUUCGGUUUCACCUUCGAGGACUUUUGUAUCAUAUAUUGGAAGAUCCCAGAGCACGUCGAUACUCAAAAAUGCUCCCAACUUAGAGGACAAUGUCACAAAUCUUCAGAAAAUUAUACCGAAACGGUUCUUUUCUCAAACAUCAAUUUUGAAAUCAAGGUGGAAGCCUAUAUUCAAUGAAGAAACUACUAAUCGAUACGUACGUUUGAACAGGUUUCAGCAGUACCAGCAGCAGAGAAGCGGCGGCAAUCCUCUGGGCUCUAUGACUAUUUUGGGGCUCUCUUUAAUGGCAGGAAUAUAUUUUGGCUCCCCUUAUUUGUUCGAGCACGUUCCACCCUUUACGUAUUUUAAGACGCAUCCAAAGAAUCUGGUAUACGCGUUAUUAGGCAUCAAUGUUGCCGUAUUUGGACUAUGGCAGCUACCCAAAUGCUGGAGGUUUCUACAGAAGUACAUGUUGCUGCAAAAGGAUUACGUAACUAGCAAAAUUUCGAUAAUCGGAAGUGCGUUUUCACAUCAAGAAUUCUGGCACUUAGGUAUGAACAUGCUAGCGUUGUGGUCCUUUGGUACUUCACUCGCAACAAUGUUGGGAGCAUCCAAUUUUUUCUCCUUAUAUAUGAAUAGUGCCAUUGCAGGUUCUUUGUUUUCGUUAUGGUAUCCAAAACUGGCACGCCUAGCCAUUGUCGGACCUAGCUUGGGUGCCAGUGGAGCGCUAUUUGGGGUUUUAGGAUGUUUUUCAUAUCUAUUCCCACACGCUAAAAUUUUGCUGUUUGUUUUCCCAGUCCCAGGUGGGGCUUGGGUAGCAUUCUUGGCUUCAGUGGCAUGGAAUGCAGCUGGUUGUGCUUUAAGAUGGGGGUCAUUUGAUUACGCUGCGCAUUUAGGUGGCUCUAUGAUGGGGGUCUUGUACGGAUGGUAUAUAAGUAAAGCUGUAGAGAAACAAAGGCAGCGUCGCCUUCAGGCUGCUGGUAGGUGGUUUUAA